AUGGCCGCAGGCGGUCAGCCUCUGGAGCCUCGGAUCCUCCUGUGCCUUGGGGCGCUCCUGGCUCGCUGGGUUGAUGCAGACUUGAAGGCUGUCGUCAUUGGAGAAGUCCACGAGAACAUUACUCUGCAGUGUGGCAACAUCUCGGGGACCGUGGGCCUGGUGACUUGGUAUCGGAAUGACUCGGAGCCUGUCUUCCUUCUGUCCUCGAAUUCCAGCCUCCCAUCAGCUGAAGCACGUUUCUCUCUGGUGAAUGCCAGCUCCCUGCACAUUGAGGCGCUGAGCCUGCAGGACGAGGGGAACUAUACCUGCCGGGUGAUCCUGAACGAGACUCAGUGGUUCACAGUAUGCCUGCAGAUGGCCAGUGGUCCCUAUCAGAUUGAAGUCAACAUCUCCGCCACCGGCAAGCUCCCCAAUGGCACGCACUAUGCUGCCAGGGGCACCCAAGUGAACUUCAGCUGCAACAGCACCUCCUGGCCUCCACCCAUGGUUGAGUGGUGGUUCCGGGCCCCGGAUUCCAGGAUGGAGCCCUUUGGAAACAACCUGACAGCUAGUUCCUUCGCGCUGCUACAGGUGUCACAAAACCUCCAAGGGAACUACACCUGUUUGGCCAUGAACAUGCUCAGUAGCAGACAUCACGAGGAGACCACAGAACUCCUGGUCUACCACCCCCCUCCAUCAGCCCCUCAAUGCUGGGCAGAGAUGUCACCAGGAUUGGUCAAUCUGCAGCUCACCUGUCGAUGGGAUGGGGGAUACCCAAACCCAACGUUCCAGUGGUCAGAAGAGCCAGGCGGUGUGGUCGUGGGGAAGUCCAGUCUGGGAGUGGAAAGGCUGGACCGAUCCCAGCUGUCGGAUGGCAAGAAGUUCAAGUGUGUUGGGAACCACAUCAUGGGCCCAGAGUCCGGAGCCAGCUGCAUGCUACAAAUCAGGAGUCCCUCCCUUGCCGCUAAUCCCAUGAAGACUUGCUUUGUGGGAGGCAACGUGACGUUCACUUGCGAAGUGUCUGGUGCCUACCCUCCUGCCAGGAUCCUGUGGCUGAGGAACCUCUCCCAUCCCGGGAUGCCCAUCCAGCCCAGUGCACGCUAUCUCAUCAGCCAGCAUGACCAGAGCUCCACCCUCACUAUCCGCAAUUGCUCCCAGCGUUUGGAUGAGGGCUACUAUGUUUGCCGGGCUGAGAAUGCCGUGGGUGUGAAGGAGGUGGACAUCUGGCUCCUGGUGAAAGAACCCUUGAACAUCGGAGGAAUUGUGGGAACUGUUGUGAGCCUUGUUCUGCUGGGAUUGGCCAUUCUCUCCGGGCUUGUGUUGUAUUACAGCCCAGGUUUUUGCUGGAAAGUAGGAAACACUUUCAGGGGGCAACACACGGGCGAUGUCAUGGUUUUGGUGGAUUCUGAAGAGGAAGAAGAGGAGGAGGAAGAUGCUGCUGAAGAGGAAGAGGAAGAAGAAACUGAGAGGGAAGAGUUGCCACAGAAAACACGCACCCAUGGCCACAUUCAUCAAGUGACAGCCCUGGUGAAUGGGAACCUGGAGCAGAUGGGAAAUGGGCUCCUAACUCUGGGAGAUGGCAUCAGUGAACGGCAAAGCAGCGUGGUUCAGGAAGAAGACGGGCCUGUUUGA